UGCCGGUGUUGUAUGUGCUUUGUCGCGUAAGCUUCGUCUCAUCAGCUGCACAACCACGUGGUGCUGUUCUUGCUCUUCUCUUGCUUUUCUGUCGGUCAUAUAUUAUUGCGUGAUCGCGUGACGCGUUUGCAAACCGGGUCGUGUGUCGUUUCGUUUUGUAAUUUAAAUCGACGACGAUUGUUGUCGAUUUUUUCUCCGGUGUCGCGACGCCGUGACAUCUCGCCGCGUAAAAUUUAGAGCAUCGCGAGACUGUGAUAUUUGUGAUCGCUGUUUCUUUCUGAGGCUGCUACUGGUGCAGUCGUCGUGAAACUACCGGUUACGAAGAGAGAGAGAAAAAAAUAAGAUGACUAAUACGCGUGCAACACUAUUAACUGGUGUGAAUUAACUACGAAAUUAACAGCGCAUAACGGAUGCGACAACUGGACCGAUCAUGGAGGCGAGAUCGUCGAGAGGAAUUGACGAGGCGAAGACGAGGACGCGCAGAACGUCGCAUUACCGCGCGUGCUUCUCGAGAUCCAGAUAAUCUUUUCGUUCAUUAAAUCUCAUCCGCUUAAUUAAACAAGUGAUAUACUUUUUUCGGUGCGUUCUUGCGAGUGCGACGAAAGUGCAAUCGGGAGCGCGUCAAGUGAUCUAUCGUAUCUUUUCGUUGGAGACGCCGGCGCGUCGCGACGCCGGAUCAUCCUUUGGGAUUAUCCCGAGCUCUGGCCGACGGGAGAUGUUCCGGAAGUGCAGACUGCAGCAACGCGACAGCAACUUCCGACCGCCCGAUAUACACAGAUAGCGCGCGCGAUUGUGAGGGGUUGCACGAGAGAUCGAGAUCGUUACGCAGGGGAUCGAAAGGCGAAGGAUUUAGAUCCGAGGACGAAGAGGAUGAUGAAGAUUUAAAAAAACUCGGAAAGAGGAUAACAAACAGACCUGACUGCCCGUUGAAAGGGCUCGACAAUAGGAAAGUAAAUCGUACUGAAGAAGUACUCGGCAGAGCGGAAGGUUUCUUCAGGAAAGUGCUGAGAGAAAAUGUCAGUGAGGGAUGCGAUAAGUUGUUGAGGAGUAUCAAGGAGAGUCAAUCACUGCUGCUAAAGAAGAGUAUUUACCGGAAUAAGGAUGUUCAGCGAGAUUCUUCGUCAUUAAAGAAGGAUAUUCGAGAAGAAGCAUUACUGUUAGUCAAUAAAGGCAAUCAGGCUUUAAUAUCAGAAGAAGAAACUACGAAGAGAAGUUUAGAGGAAAAUAGCAAGAAGCGAAAUCGAUUAUUAGCGAACAAGGAAGAUGUUCAGGGAAGUUCACUGCCACUGAAGCAGGAAAUUCAGGAUAAUUCGUUGUUGCUGAAGAGUGACGCUCGAGAAGAAGCGCUAUCAGUCGAAAGAAGCGACGCAACGUUAGUGAAGAAUAAUUAUCAGGACAGUCUUUCGUAUCCGAAGAAAGAAGGGACCAAUAAAAACGUUGACAAGAGCUUCCUACUGCCAAAAACAGAUUCCGAUGAACUAUUACAGACGCAGAAGAACAUCGGAGAAGAUCUACUGAAGAAACAUUUACUUAAUGAGACAUCGCGAGCGACGAAAAAAAUUGUGGGAGAAACUAAAUUAUCCUGGGAGAAUCUAACACGAAACGAUCUUCAAGAGAGUCAACGUUCGAUAAAGAAAAAUGACGACAGUUUGAAAAAAAAUACUUUGACUGAUCCACUGAUGCAAUUGACGAAAAGAGAUAUUCAUAAGAAUCUAGAGAUAUCAAGAGAUAUUUUUGAAGAAAAAAUAUUUUUGGUAAAGGAAAAUUCUGAAGAAAGUUCGCAAUUGACCGUACAGAGUUCCUUGUUAUCGCAGAAAGAAGACAUUCCCGAUUAUUUGCAAUUGCAAAUAACAGAUAGGACUGUCCAGGAUAAUUCGUUGACAAAGAAUCUUUCUUCUUUAGUUCGGAAAGAGAAAAACAUUCCUGAAAGUCCGCCGUCGCGACUAAUAGAUAAAAACGUCCAAGAAAAGUCUUCGCGGACGAAGAAUCUUCGAUCUCCGGUUAGGGAAGUCACUUCUUCAGCUGAAAAAGAAGAAGACAUUUGCGAUGAAGACUCAUCGUCGCAAUUGAUAGGAAACAUUAUUCGGAACGGUCAUUUGUUGAUGAAAAAUUCUUAUUCUUUAGCUGCGAAAGGUAUUUCUUCGGCUGAAAAAGGAAAAGAAUUAUUGCAAUCGACAGAAAGAAUUGUUCAGAAUGACCCUUCGUUGAAGAACUCUUCAUUGAAGAAUUUCUGUUCAAGUAUUGGUGAUGAUCAGGCAGCGCCUGUGCGACCUUUAAGGCACAAACAAGCCAGACGCGAUUCAACAGAUGUUUAUCAAUCUUCGAUCGUUCAUAAACGUUAUUUUCCGUCGACAGACUCUCGAGAAACUCUUCAGGAAUCGGAGAAGGUGCGAAUAGAACGCAACAGUGUGUACAAGCUGAAGCGAUCGCCUCCGCCGGAGGAGAACCGGCCGGGUCGAAGGUCGUCAGAGCCCGAUAACAGCAGGUCAUUUGAUAAACACGAUUCGUCGGUCGGCACAAAAUGCAGACUGGUGGAUUCGACAUGCAAUACGAAACGUCAGUCGAUCGCGAAACCAGCGGAAGAGUGUAUUCCGAUCUUUGAGAUCUCUCGCGGCGAAGAUAUCGUGAAUAUUUUCGAAGAAAAUUCGGAAACCAGCGCGGAAUCCAUUGAAGAUGUAUCGGAGCGUUCGGAUCUCGAAGAAGAAAAUUCCACGAAGAACUUGAAGAAUCUAGUUAUUAAAGUAAACAAUUCUACGGAAAAAACCCCGCUCUUUGAGAUUGAAAAAUCCAAUGAAGAAUUAAAAAAACUUGAUCUUCUCACGAUAAAAGAUUCCGAAAAUAUUCUGACAAGUGUAUCCACUAAGAUAAACAUCAGAAGUUUACCCUUGAAGAUAAUCAACAGUAUUGAAUCUUUGUACAACCCACGACUGAUUCAGAAGUCUUCCAGUCCCGCAGAUCGUCAAUCGAGUGAUCUACGGCUGCCGCUAAUUGAGCAGAGAUUACCGAAAGGUGAGAAGAGAAGCGGAUUGCCCGACAAAAGAUCCCACAAAAGUUUCAAGAUGAAACUGAUCGUCAAACUUAUCCGCAUCCGCGACAAGGUGGUACUCGGUCUGAGCGCGUUCGCCAUUCUGUUCACGCUGUUGCUGGUGAUGGACCUGCAGAUGGAUCUGGGCUACAGCGGCCAUCAUCUGACCCCGAGUCACGCUCGCGUCAGGGUCGGUGACCCGCCAGACGCCGACACCGUCUACAACAACUUCCGCCGGAAGUUCCUGCAGCGUGCCAAUGGCAGCCGAGAGCAGGCGAAUAGCGAUUCAACGCCGGUCGUUGAAAAAUCUGGGAAAAGCGAGACGAUACCGCCCACGACAACGAUGAAGAAGCACGACGACUUCGCGGACUUGGUGGGAUUGGUGGUGAACAAGUUCGGGGCGAACUUUGACGAAGGGGUGGUGAGAGUCAGUGGAGAAGAUCACGCAUAUAAUCCGACGAUCGCAAACGUGAGAAAGAUGGCAGCGAGGAAAAAUAGCACGACUUUGGAAAAGUUUCACUUGCAAAUCUCGAGGUUGGAGUUAUACCCCGCGGACUCGAAAUAUGUAGACCAGUUGCUCCACGAGAUGGCGACGAAGCCGAUACUUCAUGUCGUUCAGAAGGAGGGCGGCACGCAAUUAAAACUCGUCAUUGAUUACGGCGAUAACAUGCAAGCGCUGUUCAAACCAAUGCGAUUUCCACGGGAGCAGCAGACUCUGCCGAAUCAUUUCUACUUCACGGAUUUCGAAAGACACACUGCGGAAAUCGCUUCCUUUCAUCUAGAUAGGCUCUUAGGUUUUCGCAGAGCGAUGCCGGUGACCGGUCGAACGCUCAACGUUACAACGGAAAUUUAUCAAAUCGCCGACGGCGAGCUGCUCAAGACGUUCUUCGUCAGUCCAGCCGGCAACUUGUGCUUUCACGGAAAGUGCAGUUACUACUGUGACACUGCACAUGCGGUUUGCGGCAACCCGGACACCCUCGAGGGCAGCUUCGCCGCCUUUCUGCCCGACAAGGCCCUCGCGGUCAGGAAGGCUUGGCGACAUCCUUGGCGCAGAAGUUAUCACAAGCGGAAAAAGGCGCAAUGGGAACACGACUCCGACUACUGCGCCGUUGUGAGAGAAAUCCCGCCGUAUGAUGAGGGUCGACGGUUACUCGAUCUGAUGGACAUGGCGGUGUUCGACUUCUUAACGGGUAAUAUGGAUCGCCAUCAUUACGAGACGUUCAGGAUCUUCGGAAAUGAUACUUUCACGUUACACCUGGAUCACGGAAGAGGUUUCGGAAAGCCUUUCCACGACGAGACGUCCAUUCUGGCGCCUCUCUUGCAAUGUUGCAUGAUCCGACAGACCACUUUAGCCACCCUACUCCGUUUCCACAAUGGACCCAUGCCACUAAGUGCUGCUAUGCGACAGAGCAUGGCGAGGGACCCCGUGACUCCGGUUUUAUGGGAACCUCAUCUGGAAGCCUUGGAUCGGCGGAUAGACAUCAUUCUGAAGGCUAUCCGACUUUGUAUAGAACGCGAAAAUUCAUCGCAGCAAGUCGUUCUAAGUGACAAAACCGAAUCGAAGUUAUAGCCUUUGAACACGAACUAAAUUGAUCGUGAUGUAAAAAUGUAUAGGGAUCUCUUUCUCCUACGGGUGCUGAAGCAUAAGGAGGUUUCAAAGAAUAGAUUUAAGCGACUUAGCAACAUACAAAUACGCAGGUGAACCAACUACGCAAAUAUUAAAUAUUUGUUAUAUUUUAUGAAGAGAUUACAUUUUAUUUUUAUUCUUUAUGUGAUAUUAAAUUGCGAUCUAUAAAGUUUAAGUUGAAAGAAAGAAUACUUUGUAUAAUACAAAGUAGUUCUCAAAAGAAAACUCUCGUUCUUCUCUCUUAAAUUUUAACAAAAACUUACAUUUAAAGAGAGAAAAAUUUUGAAAGAACUUACAAUUCUUUAUAACUAGUUGUUUUUAAUAACUUUU